AUGACAGGUCUGACCAGGCAGUCGUUGACGGAAGUUGUUGCUUGGCUAAAAGUAUUCUUAGCAAAGUUACCUGAUGGGUUGGACAAAAGGGAUGCAUUCUCGUCGAGCCUCAACUGUAAAGACUGCGAAAUUGUACUUGAUUGGGGUUUCGUUCAUGCGGUUAAUGAUGCAGGAGUGGCAGCAAAUGGUGCUAUAGGUGGAUGGUUUGAGGUAGCAAUGGGCAUUGGCUUUGAGAGGAUUCCCUAUCCAUUUGUUCUAGCCACUAAUAACAUUGAAGCAUUCGCAUUAGAAGAACAGCUCAUCAAUGCUGCUGUGGAGGAGGGCACGACAGCCAAUACAGUUGGCUUCGUCGACGAAGCAGCAGCAUCAGUUGAAGUUGACGGUAAGCUGAAUGGAAGAGAGGAGAAUCGGGGCACCUUCAUGGAUCACAUCGGGAAUGUGAACGUUGGGAACGUGGCUAACCCUCACACCGCUCGUGGCGUUCGAUGUGGUGAUCGUGUCAAAAGGGGUGAUGGAAGUGUUCUUCUCCGUCAUUCUUGGGCGCAAAUAAAAACAACGGUGAAAUCGAAUGGAAGACGUUUCUGUUUCAACUUUGCAGAUAUUUUCACUUCCGUAGCUAACUCGCAAGCAUUCAAGAAUGUUGUCCUCUCAGCUGCUCCUCAGUAG